AUGUCUUACUACGAGCAGUGCAAGCAGCCCUGCCUGCCCCCUCCCAUUUGUCUGCAGAAAUGCGGCAAGUGCGUGGAGCCCUGCAAGACGGUGUGCGUGGAGCCCUGCAGCAGCGUCUGCGUGAAGCCCUGCUCCACACAGUGUGUGGAGGUCUGCGCAACGCCCUGUGCCACCCAGUGCACCACCACCUGCAGCUCCCAGUGCGUGGAGCCCUGUGCCACCCAAUGCACCACCUCCUGCAGCACCCAGUGCGUGGAGCCCUGCAGCACCCAGUGCGUGGAGCCUUGUAGCACCCAGUGCGUGGAGGUCUGCCCCCCUCAGUGCAUCGAUGUCUGCGUAAAGCCAUGUGCCCCCCAGUGCCCAUCCCAGUGCGUGGAGCCCUGCGUCACCCAGUGCUGCACCAAGUGCGUGGAGCCCUGCCCGCCCCAAUGUGUGGAGGUCUGUACGACCAAGUGCGUGGAUUCCUGCGAGACGGUGUGCCUGGAGCCCUGCAGCACCGGCUGCUCUCACCCCUGCUGA